CUUAAAGUUCUAAUAUUCUGUGCGUUUGGCUGUGCGUUUUGUCUUGCGUGUGUACUACCUGUUCGCUUUGCCAAACUAGAAACGUGAUACAGUUCGGUUUCACUAACGUGUGGUAUAAUUGCGAUCAUUUUGCUGAUCGAAGUGUUGCUUUCGUAUCCCUCUGUUCGUUUGUAGUAUAAGCAAGCCAUAGUGUAAUUGUUUUCUUCGCCAGCCAACAGUCCUUAAACGAACUUUUCGUCCUUAAAGAUCAGCUAUUAAUACAGGCGGUCCCACUUCAGACAUCACUAGAAUCUUCAGCUGUGCUUGAUUUAACAUGUCUCCUAUCUCAGAAUUUCGUAAGAAGAAGUUGUUGUAUGUGUUCAACGUGUUCUUCGACGUCAACCAGAGUGGUGAAAUCGAUCGCAAGGACUUUGAACUGGCCAUCAAGAAAAUCUGUGAACUUCGGGGCUGGCCUGCCGGCGACCCGAAAAAUGUUGAAACGCACGACAGUAUGUUUAAGGUCUGGGAAGGACUACGCUCCAAGGCUGACAAGGACAACGAUGGACAAGUCUCCGUAGACGAGUGGUGCAAUAUGUGGGACGCAUACGCAAAAGACCCAAGUACGGUUAUGGAUUGGCAGCUAAGAUACAUGAACUUCAUGUUCGACCUGGAGGAUGCCUCGCAUGACGGUACCAUCGAUGGUGACGAAUUUUCUAUCGUUUGCUCGAGCUACGGUGUAGACAAGAAUGAGUGUCAAGAGGCAUUUAAAAAGAUGUCCAAAGGAGCUGUUGAGGUCGAUCGUGAUGAGUUCGCCGAGUUGUGGCGCGAAUACUUUUCUUCGGACGACCCAGCUUCACCGGGAAAUUUCAUCUUCGGCAAAACUUCAUUUUAACGCAGCAGUUAUAUGUAAUAAUGAUGACGAUUACUGAUUAUGGUGAUUAUGGUGAAACAACAUCGUCAAUUUUAGUUACAGGCAGUAGAAAUAACUAACGCAGUAUUUUACUUGUUAUUUUCUAUUAGUGUUUUUUUGUUGUUAGGCAAGAACAACACACAAUAACAAAAUAAAAAAAAACGAUUGCAACUAAAAAAACUGCAAAGAGUACGUAAAAUGAAAACUACCUUAUAGUCCGCGUACUGUUGAUACACGAUUGAAAUUGUCAAUGCUAUUUACUUGAACCCAUAAUAAAGAUAAAAAUAUGUUAUAAUUCCAUUCAUGUUUCCGUGGGAUGUACGAGAAAAAUAUUUUAUUUUACUUCUAAAUUAAGCAUUAAUGUCAAUUUCUAACAUGAAUCAUGAACCAAUCAUGAAUCGGUGUGAGGUAUGGAACAGAAUGAAUUUUGAGAAAUGCUGCUUGAUUGGAAUUUGACUUCGUCUCAUUUUCUGGUGUGUUUAUUAUCUCUGGCUUACGAGAACGUUCGAGCCUUGUACCGUUUUUUAAAAGCAGUCUUCGUAUGCGAAAAAUGAAUUGUAAAAGGGAACUUUCUAGUAAGAUUUAAGUUCUUCAAGUCAAUCUCAGCAAAACGAUCAAAACUAAAAGGUAAAACAAAAAUUAGAAAGAGAACUUCCCUCUACAUUUUUUGCAGUCGUGUGUUAUCGCGGGUGGGAUAUAUUUGCCAAAAAGUUCACAAAAACCCCUUUUCGUAGUCGAUCAACGACGAUUUUGAAACACUUAGACGACAAUUGAAAACAUUAUCACAUGUGCUAGGAUAGUAAAGUUGAAACGAUAGUGUUGGUAUUUUACACUGAUUCCUUUAUGAUUUUUCUCACUGUGCCUAUUGGUGAAAUGUGUCAUUAUAUUUAUCGUUGCUUAAUAAUAACUUUAACAAAACACGGUUAAAAACAUUCUUGAUAAGGCAAAUGGGAAAUCGUACAUCCCAGAGAAAAGAUGUUUGUUCAAUUAUAUCAAUGCCAAACAAUAUCAGGAAACCUAUAAUGUUUGCUUUCGUUUCCUCGUGCGGAACAAUAUCAUCUGCUUACACACAGAAGUGAAUCCACUGACACGAAAGGUCUCUACCUACUUUUCUUUAGACGCUAAGGUGGUAUUACCAUAAUUUUUAGGUGUUAUAGGUGAAUUAUAUAAAUAAUUUGACCAUCUGUGUGUAUGAUAUUUACCUAUCCAAAAAAGGAUGAGAAAUUAAGACACUAUCAACAACAUGAAAACUUAGGUCAUCUCUCUAUCAUAUGCAAACCAAAAACAAAGCGUGAGAUCUGAUCGAGAUGUGUGACUCGGAAAUUCAUGUUAAUAUCAGUAACAUCGCUUGUAUAAGUGAAUUACGGAGGUUUAAGGAAAGGAAUGCCUGAAAGGUAUGUUAGAAAAUUGUCUUAGUUUUCUCCUGUAGCUGCCAAUGUUACUCUUGACCACGCGAUGAAGUGUGUUUGUUUCAAUACAAAUUCUUUUCAUAAUUUUUUCUAUCACCAUUUAUGCUUUUAUCUACCUUGGCACGACUACUUUUUAUAGGAAUGAAAUUUAUUUUUUCUUUUGAUGAAAUGCAAGACAAACCUUUUUAAUUGGUAAUUUAAUUUUCAAAUUUAUGUGGAAAUCUCAUAACAGAAUUUACACCAUCCGCUAUCGGUGAAACUUGUGUCUAGCUGAGCAACUCCUCUCAUCACAUUCAAAUACCAAGAAAUGAUGGAUAGGCGAUCCUUUGAAAAAUGAUAUCAUAUUAUCUGAAGACACGUCUGUUAAAAAAAAAAAGAAAAACUAAGUCAAUAUGAUAAAAUGGAUAAAACUAACAGCAAUAAGCGUUGUUUACGUUUUCUUGCAUAGUUAGUGUCGUUUGUGUUUCUCACUGUUCCUCACUGUUCCUUGUUUAGAGAACUUUCCAACUUUAAUGCAUUUCAUUAGAUAAAAGAAGAAUACAAAAAUUAGCAUAAAACUUGUUUAAUAUUUACAGAAUAGAUAAAUUUAAUGCAAAUUUACCUAAUUCAAAUAUAUUAACUGUUAUCGUAUGAAGAAGCAGUUAAACUUCAAAUUUGCUAUGAAAUUUUAUCUGUUCUGAAAUAGAUUUGUUACGAUGGAUGUUACAAAUCCUUGACGUUUUUGGGGAUGCAGAAGAAAUUUAUAUACAAUUAUAAAAGAAUUAAAAUAGAAUAUCUUAAUGAAGGUCUAAAAGUAAGGCUAAGAACUUUAACCAAAUGUAAUAAAUACAACUAUUUAGUCGAGUUGGAAGAGACUUAGCAGUCAUUAUGAAGUGUCAAUUAAAAUUUCAACUAGCAAUGAAAUGUCAUUGGUCAGAAGCAACAACAACAUCACCAAACCUAAAUCUACUUCUCUCUUGGAAAUGCACAAACUGAAAGUUAUCCCUUACUCUGUUAUAUUUUAGUCCAGGUUGUCUUUCCAUUCUUUAACAUGGACUAUGAUAAGAAAAUAGACUAAAUGUGAACCAUAACUGCAAAACACCAGAUUUAUAUCUGAUGCCAAGAUAUUUACGUAAAGAUUAUUUGGAAUUGAAAAGAACUUCACGAUUUCAGCAUUCACACUCUUGUGCAAAAUUGUUUAAUUCGUUAAAAACUAUAACAUGAAAUACUUCAAAAUGUUCCAAAACCUUGUGAAAUGGCUGUUUAGAAACAAAUUUAAAACAAAUAGCAGUAAAUAAAAAGUAUCUUUAUUAAUGCUGGAUGUUACCACAUAUAGGCGACCGAUAUUAAUUUAUCAA